CGCGCAACAGGUCACUUCCGGGAAGGGAAAGCCGCACUUACCUAGCGGCAACAUGGAUUCUGCCAGCGAAAGCGAGGAGCCGGUUUCUGGGGAAGCGGUGUCCAUCGCCCAUGCUCUUUCUUACCCUCCUGAGUCAUAUGGCAACGACCCUGAUAUUGAAAUGGCUUGGGCCAUUCGAGCCAUGCAGCAUGCUGAAGUCUAUUAUAAACUGAUUUCAUCAGUUGACCCACAGUUUCUGAAACUCACCAAAGUAGAUGAUCAAAUCUACUCUGAGUUCCGUGAAAUUUUUGAGACACUCAGGGUAGAUGUUUUGGACCCAGAAGAACUCAAAUCAGAAUCAGCUAAAGAGAAGUGGAGGCCAUUCUGCUUAAAAUUCGAAGGGAUUGUAGAAGAUUACAACUAUGGUACUCUGCUGCGACUGGAUUGUUCCCAGGGCUACACUAAAGAGAACACUAUCUUUGCAUAAAAGCCCCUUCGUGGAUGAGGUGCCAUCCAGUUCUCUGGCUUCAUGAUACACCUCUGCCAUCUACAGUCUUCCCUAAAUAUGCAUGGAUCUACUUAAGAUUCUGAGAGUAUGGCUCUUAUUUUUAGAUUUCUGUGUUGUUCUUGGUGUGAAAUCUUUUGUAACUGCUGUGUGCUGCUUAGAACCUUCAAUGUCAUUUGAUUCAGACAUGUCCUGUUCAGUGCACCCUGUCCUAUUCAUGUGAAGUGAUUUCACUUUCUGUACUUUCAUUAUACAUCACACACUAUUAAUUUACAGUUUAAAGUUUUAAAUUUUUGUAGUUAUUUCUCUCUCAUUACGCACUUGGCUUCUUUGAAAUGAAUUGUCUUAUUAUUUAAUACUUCAUAUUAUAUAAACAAUUGCACUAUAUACAAAUAAACGUUUCUACAUGCUUUUUAAAAAAGUUGUUUUGGAAUUUGUGCGAUCUGUCUUCACCUCUUCCUUUUCUCGAUACCUCCUUGGACAGGAUAUCAUGCGGGAAAAAACCAGAUCCCCCAGUGCUGGCUCUAUGUGACUUCUGACUCCUACUCUGUUAUUGUAUCCAUUCCUUAUUUCAGAAGAUUGUACCAUGGUCAUGUUGCCUACAUAUCCAUUGACAGAUUGCUCUGGCAAUGUACUAUUGACAAGAGUCAGCAAGGGGGACAUACAAUGGUGGACUAUAUUAAGGAGAAAGAAGAUCACACUCUUGGGCAUUUGGGUUGGACAAUACUAUUAGUAUAACCACAGACAACAUUA